AUGUCCGACAAUCAGGUCAUCAAAGCGGACAAGGACUUCACGAAGGAGGUUGACAAGGCACUGCCAGAAGCUCAAGAGCUUGCGAAGAGCAACCCCCAAGCAGCAAUCGAGAAGCUCCUCCCGCUCGAGAAGCAAACACGGCAAGCAUCAGACCUUGCAUCGACCUCCCGCAUAAUCGUCGCCAUCGUCACAAUAUGCAAGGAAGCCGGGGACUGGAGCCUGCUGAACGAGCAAGUCCUGCUGCUCUCGAAGAAGCAUGGGCAGCUCAAGCAGGCUAUCACGAAGAUGGUGCAGGUCGUCAUGGGCUUUCUUGACGACGCGCCGAGUCUGGAAACGAAGCUGUCCGUGAUCGAGACACUGAGAACGGUCACGGAGGGAAAGAUAUUCGUCGAGGUCGAGCGGGCUAGAGUCACGCGCAUUCUGUCGAACAUCAAGAAGGAGCAGGGCGAUAUCAAUGCUGCCGCGGACAUCCUAUGCGAGCUCCAAGUCGAGACCUUUGGUUCCAUGUCCCGCCGUGAGAAGACCGAGUUCAUCCUCCAGCAAGUGGCUCUCUGCAUAGAAAAGGGCGACUGGACACAAGCAGGCAUCCUGAGCCGGAAGAUCAGCACGCGAUACUUCACCCGCAGGCCAAAGAAGUCGCCCGAGCAGUUGGAGAAGGAGAGAAAAGAGCGCGAGGAGAAGGAGAAGACAAGGAGUGUGGAUGAGCCGCCGCCGGAGCCGGAAGACGACGUUACGGAUCUGAAGCUGCGGUACUACGAGCAGCAGAUUACACUUGCGAAGCACGAGGAUAAGUAUCUGGAUGUGUGUAAACAUUAUCGGCAGGUGCUGGACACGGAGGCCGUGGAGGAGAAUCCGGAGCAGCUGCGCGCCUCGCUGCAACGGAUCAUCUACUUUGUCAUCCUCGCUCCCUACGACAACGAACAGUCCGACCUGCUUCACCGCAUCCACAAAGACUCCCGCAUCUCGCAAAUACCUCAAGACGCUCAGCUACUCAAGCUCUUCACCGUUCCAGAGCUCAUGAGAUGGCCGAUGGUUGCACAGCAGUUCGGGCCACACCUCUGCAGCACCGAUGUCUUUGACGCCGAGAAGGGACAGUCAGGCGACCCGAAAGCGCACCAACGCUGGGAAGACCUCCGGAAGCGCGUCAUCGAGCACAACGUCCGCGUGGUCGCCAAGUACUACACCCGGAUCCAGAUGCCGCGACUGACGCAGCUGCUGGACCUGGCCGAGGACGAGACGGAGAAGUACAUCAGCGAACUUGUGACGGCUAAGACCAUCUACGCCAAGAUCGAUCGGCCGGCGCGGGUAGUGAGCUUCGCCAAGCCGCGGGAUGCGGACGAUGUGCUGAAUGAGUGGAGCGGGAACAUGAAGAGCUUGCUGGGGCUGCUGGAGAGGAUUGAUCAUCUCAUCACGAAGGAGGAGAUGAUGGCCAGGAUCCAGCCGACGAAGGUCGAAAAGGGCAAGACGGGGAAGGCGCAUUAA